AUGCUGGGAUGGGGUAGUUACAAAUUCAUCGAUUACAGCAACGAUAUUCUGAUUGCUCGCUUAAAUGCGAUCUUGGCAAUACCCAUACGAACGGAGUCGGAGUAUAUUAGGAUAUCACAUCAGACAUACUCCGUACUCUCACGGACAAGAGUAAUGAUGGUUGACUGGAUCAGGACUGAAGCAGAUUGCAUUGCAGAGACUCAAGCAGUGGUUUUUGUCUCAGGUAUACCUACCACUUCUACUACUGUUCACCGAGAUAAUCCUAUGGAUUACAUAAUAAUCCAUGCUGGUGAUCCCUUGGCAUCGAUCCCAUGCUGUUUAGUAAACUACAUAGUGAGCGAGCAUCUGGCAACAGGGUUAAACAUGUAUCAGACACAACGUCCAUAG